AUGGCCUACAGGCCUGAAGAAAAAUGCCCUGCCCUUCUCAUAGUGACUUAUUGUGUGGAAAUGGGCAACAGAAGCUUUUCAUGGUAUGGAGUGUUUGCUAUUUUAUUGGGUUCUGGGAUUUUCAAAGAAGAAAAAGGCAUGCAUAGGAACAAUGUCUCUGACCCAUAUGAUUACAGUCCUAUUUCAAGACAUGUGGAUGGACAGAAUGGAGAACCUUGCAUUGAAAGAGGCCAUUUCUUUCCUCCUCCGUCAUACUAUGCUUCUGUAAUAUCACAUCUGCUUAGUCAGCCGGAUGCCAACAGUGAACUAGAGCCAAACUUUCUUCUCCCUUCCUUGCAGAACACUGAACGGCUAUUCCAAAGCAGUGGGAACAAGACAUUUUCCAAGGAAGCGUCUACUCUUAGUCAAUUGCCCCUCUAUGGGAUGAGUAACUCUAGUCAGUUCCAUAAUGAACAUCUGCAAGCUAAGAGGGCCAGAGUGGAAAAUAUUAUCCGGGGCAUGAGUAUCUUGCCAAACUCUAUUGUACCUGAUACCUUUGGGGAAUCAGAUGAACACCACACAGAGAAAGAAAAGAACUACAGAGAGAGUAAGAGAAAGCAGAAACCCCCUCAUCAGCAAAGUCCACACGAAACACCUCUGGCAAGACCUGGCAAAAUCAGCAUCCAAUCAGAUGAAUGUCUCCAACUGAAAAAGCAGCUCCAUCUUUUGCAGCAUCAGUUGAAGCAACUUGGAAAGAAGUUCCUUCAGCCGUGCGAACUCAGUGAUUCCAGUCCUUGCCAAGGAAGUAUGGGAAAAGCUAUGUACUUGCUGAAGGAGAAGUUGGGACAAAGUUUGGAUAACAGCAGUCAAGCCAUUGUAAGUAACCAGCUCCAAGAUCUUUCAUGGAAAAACAUCUCAAAGACAGAAGGCUCCAAAUUGUCAGAAAAAGAAGCUGCAGUGACAGAUUCCCAUAUUCUGACCUCAGAAGACAGUACGCUUUCAGAGAUAUUAAAGCAUGAAUUAAUCCAGGUGGUGACACAAGCCGUGGACUCUGUUUUGAAAAAAGUCUUGCCUGAUUCACCAGACCUCCCAUCCCAAAUGUGCAACGCCCCCCCAGUGACAGUAUCGUCUACAGGAAGAGAAUUUAGUGGUGCUGGAGAAAAGAUCUCCAGAAAAUGGCUUCCUAAAUUUUCUUCCCAUAAAGCUUCCACAUCACGAAUCACAGAAAAACCUCCAGGAUUUCCAACUUAUCCCAUCAGCUCAAAAAUGGAGAGAAGAUCACAAGCGAAUUGUCCCUUGAUCAUGACUUCUGAAGUUCAAGGAAAUGGUAUUAUUAGCCAAAUGCUACUAUGUAGUCAAAAUGGUCCCUGGGGCAACACUCCAAGAAUGGCAUCUUCUCCAGAAUCUUUAGAUGUGCCCUGGCAACCAAUCAAAUUGAAGUCCUCUAUCAUGCGACACCAACGACAUCCAGUGUCCUUAAAAUUGUCUGAAAUGGAAAGUUUCGCCUCUCUUGCCGCUUCAAAAGCAGAGUUUUCUGAAAUGCAUGGUGCAGUCAAUGAGAUUCCUUUCCCCUCAACUCAUAUUCAGGAAGCCUUGACCCCUGGCCACCUGAGAAAGGCUAAGCUGAUGUUCUUCUUUACUCGCUACCCCACAUCUUCUCUGCUGAAAGCCUACUUCCUUGAUGUUCAGUUCACCCGCUGUGUCACCUCCCAGCUCAUCAAAUGGUUCAGCAAUUUCCGUGAGUUUUACUACAUCCAGAUGGAAAAGUUUGCCAGGCAAGCCUUCUUAGAUGGAAUCACUGAUCCCAAUGACCUCAUUGUUUCAAGGGACUCUGAGCUCUUCCGCACUCUCAAUACACACUACAACAAAGGGAAUGAUUUUGAGGUUCCUGAUGGCUUCUUGGAUGUUGCCAGCCUGACCCUUCGGGAAUUCUUUGGUGCUAUCAAGGGAGGCAAGGACUUAGAUCCUUCCUGGAAGAAACCAAUUUACAAAAUAAUUUCCAAACUAGAUGGCAAGAUCCCAGAUACAUUCAAAUCUUCUAGUUGCCUCCAGGAGGCAAUCCAGGGUUAAUGCACCAUUAUCAAGACAAUUGGCCUGUAAGAUGAAAUACUGCCAUCCCUUGAGGCAGAGAGCUAGCGAGAGUCAAGGGCCACAUGAUCUGUUUUCUGAAAUCAAAGCAGUGUCAGUAAUGAGGCCUGAAUUAAUCUAGCAGAACAUCAAUCGGCCAUGUGCUUUAUAGAGUUAAGAGAAGUGAUAGGGCUCAUUCUGGGCCUUUCUGCUUUCUGUAUCCCUAUGGCUGCUCUACUAUACUCUAUACUAUACCCUUUUGAAUUGAUGCACUCGGCUGUAGUAUGGCUAAACAGUGUUGCAAGCCAGGAAAACAUUGUAAUGCUUAAUAUAACUGAACCCCGUGGCUUAG